AAACAGCAGUGCGAUUAAUAUAACUUGUGUUGAUUCUCUCUGAGAUUAAGAUUGAGAUAUUUUGGAAGACCGAGAUCGGAUUGGACUGCGGAAGAGCGGCCAACCAGACGCGGAAGUAACAGCCUUCAACCCCAGAUUCCAGCCAUGGCCGCUGUGCUGCCGGAGAAUGCGGCCGAGAUCGCGGUGGCCAACGCAAUCAAUAACAUCAACGGGAAUGGAAAUGGGAACGGGCGCAACCGAGUGCUACCUGGCGGAUUAGGCGGCGGUGGUGGUGGUGGCCAGAACAACAUGAUGAAUAUGCGGGACAGACUGUUCCAUGCCAUUUACUUUCGGGCGGCGGCUGCCUAUGCGGAGUUGGUUCCACGGAAGGUGCAGCUGACCAUCGAGUUCCUGCUGCUGGCCAAGGCCCUGCUGUUCUUCUUCACGCUCAUCUACGUGCACAACUCCUUCAUCAAGAAUCCCUGCACCUGCCUGCAGGAGAUUAAGAACUGGCCCCGCGAAGGCGUCAUCAGAGUGGAGAUCAUACCCCAUCUGACGGAAAAGCGGGCCAUUUGGCAGGGCAUCAAGCGGGACCAACAAAUAGUGCGCUCCCUCAAGGAUUCCUACUACUACGGCAUUGGUCCGCAAACCCAUCAAAACCACGACAGACUCAAGCGAUACGAGUCCAUUCUGGGCAAGCUGGGCCUGCCCGUCAGACCCACCUUCGCCUACAGCAACGAAUCCCUGUACUACUACUUCGAUGCCAUCAACAUCCUGGACACCUACGACCAUCCCAAUGCCAUACAGCUCAAGAACGAAGAAGAUGAUGAGGAGCAGUACAUUGUGGAAUAUUCGCUGGAGUAUGGCCACCUGCGAUUGUCUUCCUCCACGAGAAAGCGUUUACGCAUCCCCGUGCUCACGGUCCAACUGGAUCCCAAUACGGACAAGUGUUUCGGGGACAGCAUAACGCGUUACCUGCUCAAACGUUUGCUGGGCUAUGAUGACUUACUCAUGGCCUCCGUGAGAACCAUAGCCGAGCAGGAGGAGAACAAGGGCUACUUGCGCAAUGUGAUCACCGGCGAACAUUAUCGCUUCGUGUCCAUGUGGUGGGCAGCCUGGAGCAGCUAUCCGGCUGCCUUUUGUGUGAUGCUGCUAUUUACCUUUUCAGUGUCUAUGCUGCUGCGCUACUCGCAUCACCAGAUCUUUGUUUUUAUAGUCGACCUGCUGCAGAUGCUGGAGUACAAUGUGUCCGCCCGGUUUCCCAUCGCUCCCUUGCUCACCGUCAUUCUGGCGCUCGUAGGAAUGGAAGCCAUCAUGUCGGAGUUCUUUAACGACACCACCACGGCCUUCUACAUCAUACUGAUUGUCUGGAUUGCGGAUCAAUACGAUGCCAUCUGCUGUCACACGAGCAUCACCAAGCGUCAUUGGCUCAGAUUCUUCUACCUGUACCAUUUCGCGUUCUAUGCGUAUCACUACCGCUUCAGUGGACAAUACAGGACGCUGGCGCUGCUCUCCUCGUACCUCUUCACCCAGCACUCGAUGGUGUUCUUCUUUCACCGCUACGAGCUGCCGGCCAUCAUGGCCCAGCACCAGGUCUUCAUCAUCACACGCAAUCAGGGAGCAGCAGCAGCAGCAGCAGCUGCGGCAGCUGCAGCGGGAGGAGGAGCAGGAAACGGAGGAGCACCAGCAGCUGCAGGAGAACCAGGAGCUGGAGGAGGAGGAGCUGGAGCUGGAGUCGUUGGCCAGCCUGCGUCCAUGCAACGUGCCCGACUCAUAGUCACUCGACUCUUCAGCCAACUUGCAGCACAACGUCAGGGGCAACAGCAACAGCAGCAGCAACCGAAUCAGGAGCCGCAGCGCCCACCGGGACCCACUGCCGCCGUGGGCGUGGCCUUGGCCAACCUGAGAAGACUGCCCGUGGUGGGCCAGUGGCUGCAGGGUCGCGAGCAAUUCGCCACCGUGCGACGCGUCUUUCUGGGACACGGCGGCAACGCACGCCUGAUGCAGGUGCGUCUGCAUCGUAUUAACGUGGCUGACAUACCUGGCUUGCGCAAUCAGGUGGCAGCGGCGAUGGCAGCAGCCGGGGCGGUCCAAGUUGGCGGAGCAGCGGCGGCGGUGGAAACUGAUGAACCCACCAGCGGCAGCGAUGUUGCAACUACAGCAGCAGCAACAACGCCAACAGCAACCCAUGCUGCAGAUGUCGAAACAAAUCAGGGACGCAAGCAGCCGACAACAUCGGGCAUAAAUGAUGCAGUAGCAACGGGAGCGGAAGUAGCUCAAGAUGGGCCGCUGACUCAGGAGGUGGAGAUGGAGUGUCCGGAGCAGGAAAAGCAGGAGGAGCAGCAGGAUGGGGCCUUGUCCAAGACGCUGGAAAAUCUAAAUUCCGUUGCGGCGGAUAUUAUAAAUAUGUCGGAUGAAGGAACUACUGUUGCAGCACCUCCCUCAACGGACAGCACUCAACGAACCCUGAUCCACGCCCACGCCCACACCCAUGUCCAUGUCCAUCAGACCCAGCCAAAGGCGAGGCAAUUAGAAAAUAAUUUGCCAGAGCUGCUGAAAGCGGAGGGGUCACCUCCCCCAGCAUCAUCAGCGGCAUCAGGUGAAAAGCAAAGCUGCCCACUACAAGUCCAGAGCAUUAUGAAUGACCAGCAGCAUGGGCAGCAAAACAAACCGGACGAGCCCGCGACGGGAGCAGCUGCCACGUCAAAACAAUCCUCUCUGCCAGGAGCAACAGGGGUAGCAGCCGAAGCUGGAGCAGGGGCAGCAGCCAGGCCAAUGAUGGAUGACAGGCAAACAGUUGAUUUUAUAGAAGGCGACAGCCCAACGUCAGCAGCAAAUUGCCAACUCAAUGCUGGCACAAACCACAAGGCACAGGAGGAGCAGCAGCUAAUGAAAACUUCACAACAUACAUCAAACCAAGUGACAACGGCAGCAGCAGCGGAAACGGCAGUAACAUCAUCAGAAUAGGCAAGGCACUAGUGGCGAGCCCCCCCGAAAAACAAACCCAACCAUCCCGAAAAUAGCUACCCACAUAACAAGAUGUUAUACAUAAAAGAGCUAGUAAAUUUUUAGAUAAUUUGUCUGGUGUACUUAUGUCCGGAGAUCAACCACGACUCACGACGCCCCCGCUUGGAUGAUGAGUGUGUGUGUGUGAAUGUCUGCUGAAAUCUGCAAGGAUUCGGAUGGAUGGAUAAGGGAAUGGAUGGGUAGAUGGUAUUUCUCCGAAACGGGGCGACACGAGAGUGUGGUGUGCUUGAGCUUCGACUACAAAACGAGUGACGGAAACGCGUAGUUGACCUGCUUGCACCUGCAGGGAAAAGUCAGGAUAUACAUACAUAUAUUAAUAAUGUUGCAAGCCUUUUUAAUUAGCCAAAUACGUGAGAAGCCGCAACACACGUACGGCUACAUACAUAUAUCAGCAGCCACACAAUGCACACACAACACAAGCUAGUCGCGUUUUAAACUUAACUUUUUUGCCCAUCUUUGUUUGCCCUCGUUAUUGAGAAAAAUGCGUUGAACAUUUUUAAUUAACUUUGUAGCUCCCUUUAACCCACGAACCCCUAGCUCCGCCUAGAAUCCCGCCCAGACCCGCCUCCAAACCGGACGGACAAACAGCCGUAAGCCCUUCCGGCCGAUAAAAAAGUCGAUCCUCCUGCUGUUUGCCCCAGCUUUUCGCUUUAACUUUGUGGAAAACCAUAGAAUUGUCAAGUGUAAUAUAUAUAUAUUGUUUGUCAAAUAUAAUUUAAAAACCUCAAAAAAAAGGCAUCACACGCAAAAAACACUGUGAAUAUUCAUGAAAAAAAAAAGAAACAAUAUCGUUGAAUGUUUGACAUAAUAAUAAUGAUAAAACAACAUCUGUGAAAUCCUCUUUGGUAAUUCUAUUGUUUUUGCUUUCUUUUAAGUAUAACCCUAAUUUGUACAAGGUAUUUGAUUGUAGCUCUGAUCUGAUUUGAUUUGAUGUGAGAUUGAGUGAGUGUGGCCACGAUGUUUGUAGAACUAUUCAAUAAGCAAUGGAGGUCGAUAUCGAAGUUCGCGAACGGUUUAUAAUUCUUAACUUUACACACUAAACUAAUACUAGUAGCUAUGACUAUUUGCUAUUGCUAAAAAAAAAAUGUUAUUUCUAAAUGUGUAUAAGAAAUAUACAACAAAAAUCAAG